UGCGGGAGGAGGGCGGCCCGCCGCUCCAGUGCAGUCCGAGGGGAGCUCGGCAUUUCGACGCUUUCGUCCAUUUCCAGCAUGGGUUUUCUCUUCCCGCUGCAGCCUCGCCUUGUCUGAUCCCCCCCCCCCCUCCCCUCUCUUGGUCAGAGUACAGAAAGAAGCGAGUGGGGAACCGCACGCCGAUUUGCUGGGGGGGGGGGGGAGAUUAUAAAGCGCUGUUAUUGCUCAACGUUGAACAGUACGAUGAUACCAAUGAAAAUUUUCUCGCGUCGUCUUGAUUUGGGAUCGGAGCCUCACUUCCCAAUUUAUGUCGACGAUAAGGAGUUACUGAAAGAAGAGAUGUGUUUUAAGCCCCGAGGAACAGAGAAUAGACGGUUGCUGAAGUGAAUUUCUUGGGCAGAUAGUUGCUGUCAAAAUGUAAAACACCGAAUGGUUAUUUUUUUUCCUCAGUGGGCAAAACCAUCACGAUGCGGCUUUAGAAUACCAAGUCUGGGCUCCACCAUGUUUCCAAACAUUGCCUUGCCAUUCCCUCCUUGCCAAGGAACACUUUGACAUGCAUGAAAGAUGGCUCAGCUGUACUACAAAAAAAGUGACAAUGCACCAUAUAGAGACCGAAUUUCUCUUCGCAUUGUGAGAGCAGAAUCUGAACUCUCUCCUGCAGAGAAGAGUUACCUAAGUGCUGUUGAAAAAGGUGAUUAUGCAAGUGUCAAGCAAGCACUUGAAGAAGCUGAAAUUUAUUUUAAAAUCAACAUUAAUUGUAUUGAUCCUCUGGGACGGACUGCACUCCUCAUAGGCAUUGAAAAUGAGAACUUGGAAAUCAUUGAACUUCUACUGAGUUUCAAUGUGUACAUAGGGGAUGCUCUUCUACAUGCCAUCAGGAAGGAAGUUGUUGGAGCUGUUGAAUUACUAUUAAAUCACAAGAAACCUAGAGGAGAAAAGCAAGUUCCACCGAUACUACUGGAUAAACAAUUUUCAGAAUUUACACCAGAUAUUACACCUAUUAUUCUUGCAGCUCACACAAACAAUUAUGAGAUAAUAAAGCUUCUUGUCCAAAGAGGAGUUUCUAUACCACAGCCUCAUGAAGUUCGUUGUAACUGUGUUGAGUGUGUUUCCAGCUCAGAUGUUGACAGUUUGCGUCAUUCCCGAUCAAGGUUGAACAUAUACAAGGCUUUGGCAAGCCCAUCUUUGAUUGCUUUAUCAAGUGAAGACCCCUUUCUAACUGCAUUUCAUUUGAGCUGGGAGCUUCGGGAACUAAGUAAAGUGGAAAAUGAAUUUAAAUCAGAAUAUGAAGAAUUAUCACAUCAAUGUGAAUCAUUUGCUAAAGAUUUGUUGGACCAAACAAGGAGCUCCAGAGAAUUAGAAAUUAUACUUAAUUAUAGAGAUGAUAAUAGCAUCCUGGAAGUUCAGGCACUAAAUGAUCUCUCCAGGUUAAAGUUGGCCAUUAGGUAUCAUCAGAAAGAGUUUGUUGCUCAGCCAAACUGUCAGCAGCUUCUUGCUUCUCGCUGGUAUGAUGAGUUUCCCGGCUGGAGAAGGAGACAUUGGAUUGUCAAAUUCAUAACCUGCAUCAGCGUUGGAUUAUUAUUUCCAAUUUUUUCUGUGUGCUACUUAAUAGCACCAAAAAGCACAUUAGGCCUUUUUAUUAGAAAACCAUUUAUUAAGUUUAUCUGCCAUACAGCAUCAUACUUGACCUUUCUUUUUCUGCUAUUACUGGCUUCUCAACACAUUGAUCGAACAGAUUUAAAUAUGCAAGGUCCUCCACCGACUAUUGUUGAAUGGAUGAUACUGCCUUGGGUACUAGGUUUCAUUUGGGGUGAAAUAAAGCAAAUGUGGGAUGGUGGACUUCAAGAUUACAUACAUGACUGGUGGAAUCUAAUGGAUUUUGUGAUGAAUUCUUUAUACCUAGCAACAAUUUCUCUUAAAAUAGUUGCUUUUGUUAAGUACAGUGGUUCACGCCAACGUGAAGACUGGGAAAUGUGGCAUCCGACCUUAGUUGCUGAGGCAUUAUUUGCCAUUGCAAAUAUCUUCAGUUCUCUUCGCUUAAUCUCACUUUUCACCGCUAACUCUCAUCUGGGGCCCCUGCAAAUAUCUCUUGGACGUAUGCUCUUGGAUAUUCUGAAAUUCUUGUUCAUAUACUGUCUGGUAUUGCUAGCUUUUGCAAAUGGACUGAAUCAGUUGUACUUUUACUAUGAGACAAAUGCAUCAGAUGAACCGAGUAGCUGCAAAGGGAUAAGGUGUGAAAAACAGAACAAUGCCUUUUCAACGUUAUUUGAGACUCUUCAAUCACUGUUUUGGUCAAUCUUUGGUCUCAUUAAUCUAUAUGUGACCAAUGUGAAGGCUCGGCAUGAAUUCACAGAGUUUGUUGGAGCCACUAUGUUUGGAACAUACAAUAUAAUUUCUCUAGUGGUUCUCUUGAACAUGUUGAUUGCUAUGAUGAACAAUUCUUAUCAGCUUAUUGCAGAUCAUGCUGAUAUUGAAUGGAAAUUUGCAAGAACAAAACUUUGGAUGAGUUAUUUUGAAGAAGGUGGAACUCUUCCAACUCCUUUUAACAUCAUUCCAAGUCCAAAAUCUGUUUGGUAUUUACUGACAUGGAUAAGAAAUCAUUUAUGUGUCAAAGUUUUCUGUAAGCAAAAGCGAAGAAAGCCUGAAAGUCUUGGGUCUCUUGGGAGGCGUGCAGCUAAUAAUCUAAGACGAAAUCACCAGUAUCAGGAAGUCAUAAGAAACUUGGUGAAAAGAUAUGUUGCUGCAAUGAUAAGAGAUGCCAAAACUGAAGAAGGGCUGACUGAAGAGAAUUUCAAGGAACUGAAACAGGAUAUUUCCAGCUUCCGCUAUGAAGUUCUGGGUCUUCUAAAGGGGAACAAGCUCUCUGGUGUACAGGCCUCCAGCGUUAGCACAGCAUCCAGAAUAUCAGAUCUCAAUGAAGUAUUUAAGAAUGAAGAUCGAACAACUGAGCACACGACUGUUUCAAAAAAGUUAACACAUGCAAGUGAACAGAAGAACAAACUAAGCUUUUAUGACUUGACAUCUUUAGUUUGUUCAAAACCAAUGUCUAAAGUAUCGGAUUCUCCAGCACCUUGUAAUACCUUAAGCAAUGGAUCAACUCCAAAAGCAACUGACAUAUCCAAGGAAAAGCAAAACAGUAAAAGUAUUGUUAAAGAAUCUUUCAAAAAUUUAGGAUUUUUUCGAAGACGAACAAAACCAUGCAAUGCAGAUCAGAACUCUAAUAAGAUUUUCACAGUUUCUGAGGAAGUUACACAAGAAGUAAACCUACUGAAAAACAGAGGAAACUCCAACAAAGGUGGUGGAAGAGACUUGGAGCAAACUUUGGUCAGUAACAGUGACUCAGACAAGAAAGAUUUAGAUACAAGUAAUAUAUGGAAAUCAGAAAUAGGAGAAAAGGUUAAUGUAUUUUCACAAAGACAAUCAACAGAUGGCACUACAAGUGCUAAUUCAUUAGAAACAACGGAGGAUACUCUGGCAAAUGAAUCAGGGAAUGAAGACCGCGUGAACCAAUGGACUGUGACACAGGGUGAUUACGUGACAACUAGAUUAUAACAGUAUUUAUUUUUCAGAUUGCUUUUAAAAAUAUGAAUAAAAUAAUUAUAUUAAGAAGAUAUGACAAACUCUCACAUUAGCAGUGUUUGUUUCUAUAAUUUGUUCAUUUUUCUUCCUAGUGCUAAAUAUGUAGAAUUUUGAAAUGACCCAAUUUGGAAUGAGCCUCUGUAACCGAGAAAAGAUCUGAUUAACAAUCCCUCAUAUUCAUAAGCAAAAAAAAAAUCAG